GAUGGAUUUAGCAUGUUUAGCAGUUGUUGAAGGGACAUCUCUCCUUUGAUAAACACUAAAUGGGUUGAUUUAUUCACUUGUCCAUCUAACAUACUUAUAAAUAGAAGGCCUAAGGAAUGCUAUAAAACAAUUCUAAAGAUACAUGAAGUCAGUGUGAUGAAGAAUGGGGUGUAUUUUGUCAAAAAGAGACGGAGGGAGAAAUUCAUUGGUAUUCAGAGUGUACAAUGUUGAUGAAAAUGGCAUAAAACACAAUCCUGGAAAAAUUGAAAUAACUGAUACAGAUCUUAUUCUUCGUCAAAAAGGCAGAGACCAUAUUACAUGGCCAUUACGAUGCUUAAGACGUUACGGAUGGGAGGAAGAAUUGUUCUCCUUUGAAAGUGGGCGUCGCUGCUACACUGGGCCGGGAAUUUAUGCCUUUAAAUGUAGACGAGCAGAAACUUUGUUUAGAGCUGUUCAGGAAAGUAUAAUGAGAGUAGGACAGGGAGACUUGUCUUCCAGUCGAGCAUUUGAUAAUCAUGGACAUUCAAACAGUAGACCACCGUCAACAAUCGAAAUGAGUGAUUUGAUGGCCUUUUCUAUUCCUAAUGAAAAUACAGGACUUUCAAGUAUGCGUGAAAUGAAUUAUGUCAAUCAGACCGUUGUAAACGAACAUGAACAACACACGUACCAGAAUACGGCUCCCGUAAGAGCCAAUGGCUCGGCGGCAUCCACAGCAGAAACUGCUGCUUCUGCUUUGAUAGACUUUCUGCACAAUCCAUUGCAACAAACUGAUCCAAAGUUAAAUUAUAUUGACCCUGAUUUUCCUACCAGUACUGAGAGCUUAACAAAUUUAAAUUUGAAUAUGAAUGGACAAGCUACUGGUGCAAGGCAGGAGCAAACAAACAUAAAAAGACGAUUAGAUUCUGACGGGAGACAUCCUUCUAUAGAUAUUAUUGACUGUGAUGAUACAAACAUGAAUGAAGUUUUUGAUCAAGAUUCAGCUUUUGAGUCGGAACGACCAGCAGAAUAUAUAAACGUGGGGCCAUUACAAGAUAAUGGACGACUGGAAUCCAAACCUGCAAUACCCCCUUCUCCAAUGAUUAGGGAACCAGAAUAUACAAAUAUUAAUCCUAAGAACACAGCAGUUCAUCAGUUAAAUUAUAUUGAAGUGGGUCCAGGAAAUUUUUCAAAUUCCAAGCCCUCAACAGGGAUUGUUUCCCCUUCCUCGAUCGAUGCAACUGUUCCCUCAGCACCAGGACCCAGUUCCUAUGCUGAGAUAGAUUUUCAUCGGACUAAAGCUCUUUCCAAUCGUCAAGUGCUUGAACAAGAUGAAGGUAGUCGAAAGACAAGACACAAUAGCUCUAUCAGUAAUGCAUUUUAAUUUUGCCAAGUUGUUGUUUAGAAAUUGAUGUGUAAAAAUUAUGGUGCUUUGUGAUCAUGCAGUACUGCUACAUUGUAAUAUGUAUGUAUAGGUUCUAUAUAUGUAUACAGGCAUUUCUGCUACACAUGUGUAUUAUUUAUUGUCAGGAUGAUAUGAUGUACAUGUAUUACAUGUACAUAUGUACACACAAUCUGUUGCCCCAAUCACUUGUUGUUUUGCCAAAUUACAUUUUAUGAUAUAAUAAUAUUGAUUAUGAUCAUGCACAUAUGUUUUGUUUCUUUUAAAUUUAAAAUGAUUCAUUUCAAUGUCUUUGAAACAAUUUAACUGUUUUCACUCAACAAAAAGAGUGAUACAUUUUAUUAGAUUCAAGAUUAUAUUUUUUUUAAAUAUCUGUUUUAUCCAAAAAAAAUCUUGCAAAU